AAACGUACCUAAUCUAUAAUAGUACCUACGAAAAAUUUCUGGAAAAUGGCCAAAAAUUAUCAACAUUUUCAUGUUGUGUACCUACCACCUACGUAGUGAAAACUACCUACAGAGAAUUUAACUAGGUGUAUCAGCGAUGGCAAAUAAAUAAGUAAGUACAUACCUACUAACCGAACAGUUCAAAAAUGUCGGAAAAAAUUAUUGUGACAGUGAAUGAAGGGAAAAUCAAAGGAAUCAAAGGAUCUUCGAAAUAUUCAGGAGCUGAAUUCUAUUCCUUUUUCGGAGUGCCUUAUGGACAACCACCUGUCAGUAACUUUCGAUUCGAGGAUCCAGUGAAAGUGAAGCCAUGGAAAACCACUUACGACGCGACGAGAGAAAAACCAGGUUGCACACAAUUUUCACUAAAAGAAUACCAAAUGACUGGAGAUGAGGAUUGUUUGUUUAAUAAUAUUCAUACACCAAAAUUGCCUAGUAAAAAUGAACCUUUAAAGCCGGUAAUUGUCAAUAUUCAUCCAGGAGGUUUCUUAUUUGGCACACCAAACGGUGAUCAUUACGGAUCGACGGAAUUUGUAAUGCAUCAUGAUACCGUAUAUGUUACUAUUUCAUACAGAAUUCAUAUUUUUGGUUUUUUGAAUUUAGGAUUGAAAAAGUGUUCGGGUAAUCAAGGUCUCAAAGACCUUAUUUUAUCUUUGGAAUGGAUCAGGGAUAAUAUACAUUCAUUUAGUGGCGAUCCUGAUAAUGUCACAGUGCUUGGAAGCAGCAGUGGAGCUGCAGCUGUUCACUUUCUGAUGCUAUCAUCAUCAGCCAAAGGUCUCUUUCAUAAAGCCAUCCUAAUGGGCUCUUAUGCUCUCAUUCCACUAGUCCCAUCUCGAGACUCGAACGAAAUUUACGCUUUCAAAAUCGCACAGCGUUUAGGUUUUGAGGGAAAAGUCAGUGAUAAAAAACAAUUGCUAUCAUUUUUGAAGAAACAAGAUGCUCAAUUAUUAACAUCACAUCAAAGAUCCUUGAUAUCGGAAUUUCAAAACGAUCUCGUGGUUGCAUAUCCAAUAGGAAUUUUCUCACCGACCGUAGAUUAUGGAAUUAUUUUCCCCCAGUCUCCGGAGAAAUUACUCGAAUCAAUGAUGCGAAUACCAAUAAUGGUUGGAUUUUGCGAAAAAGAAUCGGUGAUGGCAUUUACUCGCGGAGAUGUUUUACGAAAUACUGAGGCCAAUUUCAAGACAUCAUUUUGCCAAAAUCACUGGGGCUGGGGAGGUCACAUGAGCGAUGAAAAUAUCAAACUGAUCAACAAACAAGUGGAAUCAUUCUAUGUACAAGGGCAACCAAUUGAACAAGCGCCUUUGUUGACAAAAAUUGAUAUUUUGGACGACGUUGUCCUUUCUGAUCUUUACGAUACACUUGUAAAUAUUAUUGCGACUGAAUUACCUUCAUCAGCCUUUGUGUAUAAAUUCAGUUUUGAUGGUGAAAUUAUAUCUAUGAAAACAGCCGUGUUACACACUAUGCCAGAAUAUUUGAAAGGCGCAUUCCACGCUUGCGACUUUAGUUACUGGAACUGCUUCAGUCCUCCUCGUGAUAAACCAACCCAAGGAAUGGUAGACAUAAUGACAAAGCUCUUCACGUCAUUUGCUAGAACAGGCAAUCCGAAUUACGAAAGUUUACCAGUUGAAUGGAAGCCAUCAACUCCUGAUAAACCAUGUUACUUGGAUAUAAACGAAACAAUAACAUUAGUGAACGGUAAGCUGAACAACGAAAGAUCGGAGUUUUGGGACGGUAUUAAGAAACAAUUCAAAAAUAAUUAAAUAUACGAGU